ACUUAAACUCAACCUCUUCUCUAUUAGUCCACUUCCCAUCCUCAUUAUUCCCUUUUAAAUUGUUCAAACCAUAUUCUCCUUCUCCCUCCUCAAUUAGUCCACACUCCCACCACACACACUCUCAUCCAAUCACCCAUUUCUUAAUCAAUCAUUAAUCUUACUUCUGUCUAAACCAAAGCCAAAGAAACUCCACAAAAGUUUUAAAAAAGUAAAAAGAAAAUAAUUACUACUACCAUUUUGUUCCAACAACAACAACCAGUCCCUCCAAGAAACCAGAAGAUUCCCAUAAAUAUAGCGCUAAAGUUCCAUACCCUCAUCACCACCAACACUAUAGCCACCCUUUUUCUUUUUUCUUAUCUCCAUUUCCACUAUCAACAACCAAUCCUUCAUUACAACGGAAAAUACAACCAAAAAAAAUUAAAGGAAAGAUCCUUUCGAACCCUAACCCUAAGCUUUUUUCAAGAAAAUCCAAGGAAAUUUGGUGAUUUCCUUUGAAAACAAGAUAUACCCAAAGUGGGUAUUGCUCAAAUCUCCAAGAUUUGGCAAAAGUGUCAUUGUAAUGUCCCAAAUGAAGCACAUUGACAGUAUCCCAUCAACCCCUGGAAAGUUCAAGAUGGAAAAGUCUCCUUACAAUAGGCUAAGGGUGCAUUUUUCCUUAGCCAAGCUUACAUUUUGGUCAUUUGUAUUCUUGGGUUUGAUCUUUGUGUUCUUCUAUAGAUCACCAGCUUCUUCAUCCCCUGUUUCUUCAGAUCUCUCUAGAAGAUCUCUCAGAACCAGCUCCUACGGUGGUCCAGCUUGGGAAAAAAGGAUUAAGGCUUCAGCUAAAGUAAGGUCACGUAAUGGUAUUUCUGUCUUGGUUACUGGUGCUGCUGGUUUUGUAGGAACUCAUGUCUCUGUUGCCCUUAAACGCCGAGGAGAUGGCGUUUUGGGUCUGGAUAAUUUCAAUGAUUACUAUGAUCCCUCGCUCAAGAGAGCGCGUCAAGCGCUCUUAGAACGAACGGGUGUGUACAUUGUUGAGGGUGACAUCAAUGAUGCCACCCUUUUGAAGAAACUGUUUGAUAUU